ACAGGAUCAGGAUCAGGACAGCGCAGCGCCACAAGAGAAGCUGAGCAGAGCUGCAAUAAACAACAAAGGGGGACUUUGUUCCAAUCAGAGGAGUAAACAAUUCAAAUGAGUGAAAGGCUAUCAUUUAUCCGAUUCUUGGCGGGGUUCAUCCUCAUCACGGCAGGUGUACAUGCCUCCUGUCCCAUUGAGUUGAGCCCCCCCAGGGUUGUGGUGAGAUAUGGAGACCCGGUCUCAGUCAACUGCAGCACAUCAGAGAGCCAGUUUGAUGGAAUUGGCUGGGAGGUUCCAAUAGGAGGUACAGGUUCAGUGAAUGUCACCCAUCUAACCUGGACUGUGAACAGGCUGACCGAAUGGAACAUCACUCCCUUGUGCUUCUUCAGCCCAUCUAAAGAUAGUCCGCUCAAACAGUGCGUUUUGAGCCCAGACGUUGUAGUUUACACAUUCCCAGAAAACAUCAGUAUCAGCUCCAGCAAUGACUCUGAUGGUGUGAUGAAUGAAAAGGAGGAAUAUCAGUUCACGUGUAGAAUCCCCAAUAUAGCACCUGUUCGUAACCUCACAGUAACAUGGUACAAAGGAGAUACAAUCAUCCAUACAGACACAUUUGACAACCCCAGCAAGGAACCAGUGAAUCAGUCACCUGUCUUCAAAUUUACACCAUCAAGACAAGACAAUGGCGUCAUAUUCAGAUGUGAGGCACAUUUGAACCUGUGGCCAGAAGGGCCACAACUUAACAUAUCUUCACAGGAGUAUAAUAUCACAGUUUACUUUGGACCAGAUGUACAAUGUUCUGCUCUUGAGUUACCGGAAGGGGAAACUUUGAAGAAGCAUUGCCCUGUGACAGGAAAUCCUCCCCCAUCUGUCAAAUGGCUGAAAGAUGGACAGCCCACAGACCCGACCAUCGGCCUGCGCAGAGAGAAUGCCGGACUGUACACUGUUACCGCUGAAGGCUUUUCCUCUACCAAAAAGACACUCCAGGUUGUUGUAUUGUACAAGCCAGAGGUGAGGUGUCCGAGCACUUACACUGCACUUGAGUACGCUCCUCACAACCUUACUUGCAUUGUCUCAGGGUAUCCUGAACCUGAGACAAUCUGGUAUAAAGACGAUGAGGAAGUGGAACUUCCAAAAAUCCUAACAAGAAGAGAUAUGGGGCAGUACUUGAUCAUAUCUUCAAACUCUCUAUCAAGUGUCAACCACACAGUCGAGAUUAUUGUCACGUAUCCACCAUCACAGAUAGCUGAGCUUGAAGACUCGCAAGUUGAUGUUGGUUCUGUUAUGUGGCUGAAGUGCUCCGCCAUGGGCAACCCACGACCACAAUAUUUCUGGAAUUAUUACCAGACUGACAAUGUGAUAGAGGAAAAUGAAGAUGGAGUGUCCCUUCUGAUCAUCCACAAUGCCACUGCAUACAACAUGGGUUCCUACACGUGUCAUGCCUGGAAUGACAUAGGAAAUGUCUCCAAAACAGUCAGAGUUACAGUAAAAGGUGCAGAGCAAAAAUGCCCUAUUGAAAUCAGUCCAGAGAGGAUGGUGAUUCAAUACCAAAGCAGGAGCCAGACUGUAACAUGCAACCAAACAUCCUCCGGCUCCAGAAAUAAAGGAGACGUAUUCUGGAAGUUGCAGGGCAUCGAAACUAACAGUGCAAGUUGGGUUGUUGACACCCAGAAACACUGGGACCCAAGGCCUGUUUGUACUUUUAUAUUUAAUGGAGCAGAACUGUGUAACAAAUCUUUGAACUUCUACACUCUCUACAAAACACCAGACAGUGUCUCCAUCCGACUUGUUAACAACUUGAGCUCAGUGGUGGAGGACCAGGAGUUCCAGCUACAGUGUGACAUUACGAACGUCGCUCCUGCACGAAACCUCGUUGUGCGGUGGUACAGGGGGAAUGAAACCUUCGAGCCACCUGUCAAUGGCUCAAGGCGAGUGACCGGCUGCCAGACUGAGAACAAAACAGACUGUGACGUCAGUGUGGUCCUACACCCGCUGAACGUGUCGUUUGUCAUCAACAUCACUCUGAACAGAACGCACAGCGGAGCAGAGUUCAGAUGUGAAGCCCAGCUGGACCUUGAAGCUAAGGAAUCACAGCCAUCACCGAACAUGUCCAGUCCUCUCAACCUCACCGUCUUCUAUAAGCCCACCAUUAAUACAACAAAGCUUCCAAAGACAGUCCCGGUGAUCGCUGAUUUUCCCCAGGAGCUUGUUUGUGAAGCUGACGGUUACCCGCUUCCACACAUCAACUGGUCCUACAGCGCAGUCAACGUUAUAAAAGUGUCUGAAAACACACUCAUUGUGUCUGAGGCAGGCUUCUACAACUGCAGCGCCACCAAUACGAUCGAUUCCACCUUCCAUGAGGUCCAAGUGAUUCUGAAAAAGGACUACCUUCCCCUCAUAGCUGGAUUCGUAGCUGUCACAGUGGUUGCCAUCUCCGUCGUCUUCCUCUUCAUCUACUCCAUCUACUACAAGAACACCAGAAUGCGCCGCUACAGUCUUAAAAACCCUAAACUCAGCACCCACAAUGGCAACGUGGCUCACAACGGCUGGGACCUGCAGUUUCCUAUGACCAAACUGUCUUACACUUCUUUGUCAGUUGCUAACUGGUCUCCCCAAAGACCGCAGUCUAAAGGUGAAGGCAUACCUACUGCACUUACCUGGCGGGGGAGCGGAUUUGGAAACAUUCGCUCGGAGCAUUGCUGUGUUUAUUGCCAAAUCACCAUGUGGUUCCUCAUGUUCGUCGGCGUCUUAGCGUGUACAGGAAAGCCUGUGAUUUCUUCGUGUCCGCUUGUGAUAAGCCCUCCCAUAGCUGUGGUGGAAUUUGGAGGCUCUUUCUUUGCCAACUGCAGCUCAACAACCGAUCAGGUAGAGGGAAUGGGCUGGGAGUCUUCAAACGGAGGCGUAUCUCUUACAAAAAGAGUCUCUUCUCUUGCUUUACACGUAGUCUCUCUCACAGACUGGACGUUGGAACCAAAAUGCUUCAUCAAUUACAAUAAUAAUGAUCAGUGUUUAGAAGUCCUCCCAGUCAUCGUGUACAAAUUGCCGGACAGCGUGUCUAUGUCUGCGCCAAAUCUGACGGGACCCAUGGUAGAGGGCAACAAGUAUCGCAUGCAGUGUGACGUGGUUAACGUUGCACCCGUAAGAAACCUCACCGUGGAGUGGCACAAGGAAAAUGCGAUAAUCCAUACAGAGACAUUUGACAAGCAAAGUGCAUAUUCAGGCAGUAUGUCCUCUGUCUUCGAUUUGAUGGCCCAUAGAGAUUAUGAUGGGACCAAGAUCUGGUGUGAGGCGAAGCUGAACUUUGGCGCAGCAGGACAAAAUGUUCCCUCAACUAAAUCCCAGUCACGUGAAGUGGCUACGCUGUACCCUCCAACUUUUGCCGAGCCUGCAAAUGAGACGCUGGAAAUGUCAACUGGCAGGAAAAUAACUUUAAAUUGCACAGCUACAGGAAACCCAAUGCCGGCAUAUAGCUGGCAAUUGCCACACGCCAUACAAGCAAAGAGCAAGAAUCAGACCACCCUGAACGUGUCCUUUGAGGUCCCAGGGACCUAUAAGUGCACAGCGUCUAAUACCCAGGGCACAAGGACAAAAUAUUUCACUGUCAAGGCAGCUCCAAGGAAUUACACGACCUUAGCCGCCCUGGUUGGAGGAUUUGCGAUGGCGGGGGUCUUGUUUCUCAUCAGCGGUCUGUUUUUUGUGACACCUGAAGGCACGUUUUCUUGCAGCAAAGGCAGCUAUCUCAGAGGACACCCUACCUCUUCGGGACCUGUAUCAGCACAAAGGAUCAGGCUGUGUUUUUCAGAGGCCUGCCACCUGUUAAAUUUCCCUCUUUCCCUUUCACCCCCCACCCCCCAAAAGUCAGCUGGGAUGAAGGGGGCCCUUUUGUCCCAACAUAGUUCCCUGCAGAGUAGCCAAAGCUUGUUCAAGUUGGGAAUUAUCUCUCUCUCUCUCCUCUCUCCUCUCUCUCUCUCUCUCUCUCUCUCUCUUGCCACCUUUCAUCGACGGCUCAGUGCAGAAAAUAACAUGGAAAACAACUUUCUUCUGUGGAUUCUGACGCUUUGCAUGUUUUAUUCAGUGUCAGGUGAAGGUUGCUCCCUGAUCCUCAAGCCCUCCCGGGUUGUGGUGGGCUUUGGGGAGCCCGUGUCAGUCAGCUGUGAGGCCGCUCGCCCUGUACGUGUCCUGGGCUGGGAGUCGGCCAUUAGUGCCGCACACACCCAACAAGACCUGUCUGUCCAGUGGAAGGUAGACAGUCUCAUCGACUGGAUAGAGGAGCCCAUCUGCUAUGGUGUGUUUUUCACAGCUCCGAGACAGUGUGAGGAGAAGCUCAACCUCGUCCUCUACAAGACCCCAGAUAGCGUCUCCAUUAGGCCUGUGAACCACACAGGCCCCAUGGUGGAAGGAAAAGAGUACCAGCUGCUCUGUGAGGUUCAGAAUAUUGCUCCCGUUCAGUACCUCACCCUGAGGUGGUACAGAGGGCAGACUGAGGUUUAUAACCACUCCUUCUCUGACCUCACAUCUUCCUCGCCUGUCCAAGUGUCCUCUGUCCUCGUGAUCACACCAACCAAAGCGGAGAAUGGAGCACAGUACAGGUGUGUAGCGGUGUUGGAGCUUGGACCAGAGGGACCACAACCACCUCCUACCGUGACCUCUGAGCCUCUUAAUGCCUCCGUGUACUUUCCCCCAGUGCUCCUCAGCCCUGAGCCUGAAGUUUUGGACCUUAUAGUGGGAGCUGAAAUUACCUUGAACUGCACUGCUAUAGGAAAUCCCACACCCGUGUACAGCUGGCAGUCCUCCCAUCCCAUUCAGGAGAGCAUGGAGGACGAAGCAGUUCUUACCUCCUCCUCACUGCUCCCAGGGACCUACACCUGCACUGCCUCCAAUACACUGGAGAAGAAGAGCAAGCAGUUCAUUAUCAAGGCCAAGACCAAAGGUGUUUGAAACAAGAGAUCUUGAGAUGGAAUCAGAGGACCACACGGGACAUGCAAGGAGAUUUCAACUAAUGGGAUUUUAUUGCUGCAGUUUUGGAGACAGAAAUGACAAGGCGUUAAUGACUCAACGCGUCUUUCUGAGGAUCUUGCCAUCAGACAGAGUUAGAUCUCAUUUUAAAUUAAAAAGAUCUGAAUAUGCAAUGUUUGGUAACUGCCAUUUAAUUUGUUGAAAUUCCAUUAUUCUGUGAGAUAGAAUGGUUGUUUAAGAUGUAGUUCACUUUUUAUGCUUUCCAUGUGACAUCCUUUAUCUAAUUUAUAUUUUUCCUAGACUUAUUUUUGUUUUAAUAAAAUUACCUUGUAACAUUACAAAUGCUUAGCGACUAUUGAUAUAGCAAUGAUGACUACAUUAUCAUUAAUAUAUCAACUUUAAUUCUGAAUGUUGACGAUCAGCAGGCCAUUACUGUACAUAUGAAUUGUUUCUUGAUUUGCUUAUCUUUAUGAAUAAAAGUAAACUUAAAAUAAAUUGUUU